AAGAUAAGCCAAGACAUUGAUUGAUCCUCCAUUGAUCCCGCAAGAGGUCAAUAGCGAUCACAAAGGUUGUGUCCGGAUGACGUCCACAAAUGCUGUUUUUUGUUAUUUACGUAUCAUUACGUAAAGUGUUGUUUGUUUUUUUCAAAUGAUUCUGGCAGGUUUUCUGUCAUGUGACCCCAUUCAAAACACUUCACCAUAUGCGCAAAGCCAGAUUGUCAUCUACUCGUGUUCCAGCCUCCGUAUCCUUCAUCAUCAUCAUCGCCGCAUCAUUGCCUCAAAAGCCCUCCGCCCAACGUGGUUGUCAAGCGACCACGACUGGCAAGCGGGAUAGCCGUGUUAGCUAGCUCAACGUAGACGGCACCUGAAGCUUUCGCGAUUGGGAGGAAGUAGCUGAUCCAACUGUCAGUACUUGAACGCAAUGCUUCAAAGCUUGUUGACCGCUCGAUGCUGAAGAAGAAUAAAUAUGACCAGAACUCUGGUUGUACGCCUGUGCAGACCAAAAGGGCAUGAAAAGAAACUUCACGACUAUAUGCUGGCAGGGAUAGACCCAAUUGCGAGAGCUCUGAGAGGUCAAAGUCUCUACUACCACGUAUGUUGACACAUGUCUGUGGAGUCUAUUCCGUGAAGAAGAACAAAGGCACACAACAGAAAGCCUGCACUCCAAGUAAACCCACGGUGGACAAGUGUGUGGCCAAGAUGUUUUUUCUAGGCACCGUCAGUUUUUGGAAUGAGCUCUUCUUGUUUUGGUCGGGCGUAGUUUGAGAGAGCUUCCACAUGUUGUGCCCAAGUCGCCUUGAAGUAAAACAACUGUUCAUUUCAACUAUUUUUACGAGAAUCAACGAUAUAGAAAAAAGGCAAACGAUCUAUUGUUUGACAAAUAUGUGGUAAAUUAACUUGCAUAUAGCUCCUUUUCUAGCGUUUACUAAAAUUGCUUUCCUUUCUUUAGCCACGGUGCUGCUUAGAAACCACUUCUGUAUAUCCCUUCUCUAAAACUGAGAUACAGGAUGUUCUUGAUGUUCUUAAGCAGUUCCCUCUGUCUGGUAAUCUGUUCAAGCAGCCUCGGGUUCCCUUCCUGACACUGCAAACUGUGACACUGCACUUCUUCACAGGCUGAGAGGACCGGGAGGAAAUCAAGAGCCUCACCUGGUGGUAAUGAUGAGUUAAUGCAGCCUCCAUACGCAAACCACCAGAUUGCAUUUCAAAGGCCUCGUUUCUCUCAAGAUCAGAAACAAAGCAGCAGCAGACACUGUAUGGACACGGACAGCCGACUCAAGGUCACACAAGGACAUGGGUCAAAGUGAUGGAACGAUUUGACGUUACACUGGAAAAGUUGUUUUCUUGCCCAGAGGGAGAUUGAUGAAUGUAAGGCCUUGUUUUGUUAACACUUGCCAAAGACAACAUCGACGAGCAGGACUGGGUAGAUAGCGGCUAAUUAGAGAGCUGGCUGGCAACAGCUGCUGAAACCCAAGUGUAAGUAUGUCAGAGUUUGGCUUUUACAUUCGACAGGCAGCAUUUCCAGUAAAAAGUGACACUUGUGACCUUCCUUUUAAUUAAAUCUUGAGCUUGAUAAACUUGUGCUGGUGAAUCGUGAGCCAGUCAGGAACCGUAGUUUGAGUCAAAGUCUUAAAGCAGGUCCAACCAGGUUGAAGGGUUGCCUAUUUAAGUUAUUGUGACAAGGAAAUGGGUCAAGUCUCUCCUGUCAUAGAGAUGGUGAGGUCACGCACAUGCUUGGACAUCCUCACGUGGCCUGGGUCAGCAGCAAAAUGGCACCUUAAAUUAGCCUCUGUAACAGUCCCCGUGUUUCUCUGGAGGCUAAAACUCUUAAUCUAACAUGCAGGUCUUUACUGACCUCCAUGUGUAAUGGGAUUGGGGGUCAUGGAUCAAGGGAGUGCAUACUAUAUGUGUACAUCAAUCUAUCAGGCCCAUUAUCUUCCACUCACAAGGGAAAUCCUUUGAGUUAGCUCGGCAGUGUCGACACAACUAAAACAACUGGUCUGAGGUCUGUUUGUACCGAGCCCCAAGGAAGAGUGCAAACUGGUCCAAAAAGUUUAAACAUGUACUGAUGGCUGAAUCCAGAGUCCUUUUCCUUCAUGCAUGAGAGCUGGGAGGCGGGGCUAAAGGAAACACUAGUUCGCUUGCUCUUCGGGCUCUAAUGAAUGUGGAAGAUGGCCAGAAGAUUUAAAGUCACAUGUCUCCAAUGCAACCCGUCAUUCCUCUUUCACCCUGCACCACUUAAUCUAAUAUUCCACUCUGGUAUUUCAGGGAAUUGUCUGGUGUUUGCACAGCAGAGGAGACCAUGACCUGGAAUUUCAUCCGUCUGCGUAAUCAGCACCACCCAGCACAGUCUGGCUCAUUAAGUGUCCCAGCAUGCAUUUCACAUCAGCUGAGAGGGGCAACAAAAUAAAGAUUUAGAUUACAAAUAAGAUGUUUAGUUUGAAUAGUUCCCUUUUAAGAGUUCUGCUGAGCAGGUGUAUGUGGGGAUCGAGUCCUACUGAACUACAGUGCGAGGCUUGGUGGUGAUGAAGUGUUUUACUGAAGAUAGACACGCUGCACUUGUUAGUAGAACCGGUAGUUUGUUUACAGUGAGACAGAGCCAGACUCUUUUCACUGUACUGGCUGGUGGCAACAAACACGCAAAGAGAAUGCAGGCAGCAAGUCAGUGUUGACCGGCUCUCCGGUUCACUGCGUCUCCUCCCUGGUCUGCCUCAGACGCAGAGCUCUCAUUCGUUUUCUUGAGGAAGAGGGCAGAGCCUUCUUGAAUGGGCCGGUUCAUCAUGAGUCACAUGAGUCACACUGUCCUUGCUGAGUCCAACAGACCGCCUGCUCGAAACUCCCACAAGGAAGGAGAGCAAGGGAUGAGAGGAGGACGACGUUAGGGGGACAACCAGACAGAAAACGGUGUAUCUAUACGUACGUACGUACGUAUGUGUGUGUGUGUGUGUGUGUGUGUGUGUGUGUGUCUGUGUGUCUGUGUCUGUGUGCAAUUAUCUGUUGGUGUUGAAUCAGUUAAAUCAAAUCUGCAAUUUGACUGAUUAUAUUGUCAUUGUGGAAACGCUCGGCAUCCAGACAUACCUACGUAUGAAGUUGAAGUAUGAGGCCGUUGUUACAUCAGAUGAGUUCUCCCCAUUGCAGUGUUUUUCCGGCAUCGUGAAUUAAGAUUAUUGCUCUUGACAAAACUCGUGACGGGUGUCUUUGUGGAAAACUCAUUUUCCAACGGGCUUUUUCCACCUGUUGGAUUUCUGUCGUCCGUGACGGCAGCACCAUUGCACCGCCGUGGUGCCGCUGGCAUCAUAAUCGGCAGGAGUGAACCAGGAAGUGGCCUGGCAAAACUGCCAAAGAGGAAGAAAAGAGCCAUCUGGGAGCCGGCCAUGAAAGGAAAGGAAUCAGUUUGUCCGAUGGGCGGCAGCAGCAGCAGGUUGUUUGGUACGUUGGCCCAGCCGGACCCGGACCCAGGGGAGAACCCAGAUCAGGAAAGGGUCGAGAGCGACCCGGACCAGCUGCUCAGAGAGUGUGAAGAGGCCCUGCAGAGGCGUCCGGCCAGGCCACAUCGGGAUCUGGUCCGUCCCAGUGGCAUGGUACCCUGCCACCACAAGCUCGACCCACCCAUACGGAUCAUGCAGUGGAAUAUACUGGCACAAGCUCUUGGUGAGGGGAAGGACGGCUUCAUCCGCUGUCCACUGGACGCUCUCAACUGGCAGGAGAGGAAGUACCUGAUCCUGGAGGAGAUCCUCACCUACCGCCCAGACAUUCUGUGCCUGCAGGAGGUGGAUCACUACUAUGACACCUUUCAGCCAAUCAUGGCCAGCCUCGGCUACCAAGGCAGCUUCAUGGCCAAGCCCUGGUCUCCCUGUCUGGACGUGGAGCAGAAUAACGGCCCGGACGGCUGCGCUCUGUUUUACCGCCGCUCACGCUUCUCCCUCCAGGCCACGGCUCAUCUGCGGCUGUCGGCCAUGAUGCUGCCCACCAACCAGGUAGCCAUCGUCCAGACGCUGAGGUGCCAAGGAACAGGCCGGCGGCUGUGCGUGGCUGUCACCCAUCUGAAGGCACGUAGCGGCUGGGAGAGGCUGCGGAGCGCGCAGGGUGCCGACUUGCUGCAGAGCUUAUGCAGCAUAACGUCCCAAAGCGGCGGCGGGGAGUACGAGGCGGCGGCGGGCACCGUCCCCCUGGUCGUGUGCGGAGACUUCAACGCAGAGCCCUCGGAGGACGUUUACCGGCGGUUCAGCUCCUCUGCUCUCGGCCUGAACUCGGCGUACAAGCUGCUGAGCCUCGACGGGCAGACGGAGCCCGCCUAUACCUCAUGGAAGAUCCGUCCCUCCGGAGAGAGCUGCAGCACUCUGGACUACAUCUGGUACACCCGCGAUGCUUUGAGUGUGCAGUGCCUGCUGGACAUUCCCACAGAGGAGCAGAUCGGCCCAGACCGCCUCCCCUCAUACCACUACCCCUCUGACCAUCUAUCGCUGCUCUGUGAUGUCAGCUUCAGGGAGGAGCCCCAUAGACUGAUGUAGGCUGCCAAUCACAGCAGCCCUGGACCAAUAGGAGCAUUGAGUGAGAGGACUGUUUGACUGUCGAGCAUCACUUCUGAUGGAAAAACUACUUGUAGUUUGAGCAAUAACUGGGAUUUGAUCCAUUGACUUGUCAGUCUCCAGUUUCUUUACCCAAACGUCAGCUGAAAUGGCAGCUGUGUGCUUCCUCUGCUGAACUCUUUGACCAACUGACUAUUAUUACAUUAAUUUAUGACAUUAUUCUCUGUACUUUCUAUCAGUUGGUUAAACAAUAAUCAACAAUUACUCGUGUUUUUUCAUUCAUUAUUUUGCAUUUAAGUAAUCUUUGACGGUUCUGCACUUAGACAAUGUUGUUGCUGUGACUACAAUG